GCAGCAUGCCGCUGGUGAAGAGGAACAUCGAGCCCCGGCACCUGUGCCGGGGCGCCCUGCCCGAGGGGGUGACGAGUGAGCUGGAAUGUGUCACCAACAGCACGCUGGCUGCCAUCAUCAAGCAGCUGGGCAGCCUCAGCCGGCACGCUGAGGACAUCUUUGGAGAGCUGUUCAACGAGGCCAACAGCUUCUACAUGAGGAUGAACUCGCUGCAGGAGAGGGUGGACCUGCUGGUCAUCAAGGUGACGCAGCUGGACUCUACCGUGGAGGAAGUUUCGCUGCAGGACAUCAACAUGCGGAAGGCCUUCAAGAGCUCCACAGUGCAGAACCAACAGGUUGUGUCCCGCAACUCCAUCCCCAACCCUGUGAUGGAGAUGUACCAGCGCUGUGACAAGCCCCCACCGCUCAACAUCCUCACGCCAUACAGGGAUGACAAGAAAGAUGGCCUCAAAUUCUACACCGAUCCCUCCUAUUUCUUCAACCUGUGGAAGGAGAAGAUGCUGCAGGCAACUGAGGACAAGAGGAAGGAGAAACGCAGGCAGAAGGAGCAGCGGCUGGUGGAGGACUCCACUCGGGAGGUGAAGAAAGUGCGGAAAGCCCGCAACCGGCGCCUGGAGUGGAACAUGAUGGCAUACGAUAAAGAGUUCCGACCCGAUAACAGGUUCUCACCAUCCCCAUAUCACAUGGCAUCAUCGGAAGGAUCACUGUCCCCAGAUAAUAGAUCCUACACCUCGGAUGCUGCUGAGCACUCUUACCCGGCAAGCCCCAACCACCCGGGACAGCUGCUGGCCCCCACAGCCCACCUGCCUGCAGAGCACAAGGACGGGGUGCUGCCGGCCGUCCCCCCUCCAGAACAUGGCUACCGACCACCAGCGGGCAGCCGGCAGAACAGCCUCAACCGCGCCCAACAGCCCCAUGUGCCACAGCCCCCCGAGGCUGUGCUGAACGGGCCCAGACCUCACUUGGUCAAGGAUUUCGGACCGCAGCCGGUACCGAUGACGGAGUACUUUGUGCCGCCGGCCCCGCCGCCCCCGCCGCCUGUCAUCCCCUCUGCGCAGACUGCCUUCGACAGCCCCAUGGCAGCCCCCACAGCACUGCCCCCUGGCACGGCCGCUCCCGCCGCCCACCCCUCUUACGCGCCCUCGCCGCCCCCCGCACCGCCCGGCCCCUACUCCGCUUCCCCGCCGCAGGCUGCCCCCAUGGGCCCACCCGUGGCCCCACCACCACCGCCACCGGGGCCCCCGGCCCUCACCACCUCGCCAGCACACUCGGCCUCACCGCCGGCCCCCGCUGCCGAGUCCCGGAAGCCGCCGAUCCCACUGAUGCCCAUGAGCGAUGCCCGGAGCGACCUACUUGCGGCCAUCCGCAGGGGCAUUCAACUGCGGAAAGUCCAGGAGCAGUGGGAGCAAGAGGCCAAGAAAGAGCCCGUGGGCAAUGAUGUGGCGACCAUCCUGUCCCGCCGGAUCGCGGUGGAGUACAGCGAGUCAGACGACGACUCUGAGCUGGAUGAUAAUGAGUGGUCAGACUGAGGGGCCGUGCCGGGGCUCCCCUGCACCAGGUGCGUACGGCGCUUCCCCCAAACCUGGAUGCUGACAACUGCGAUCAGCCCCACUAAUUCAGGAGCUUUGCUUUCA